AUCCACAGCUCCCUCACUUUGUGCUGCGGACCAGAAACAUCCCUGUGUGUGUGUGUGUGAGAGAGCAACUUCAACAUUUAACGACACACACUCCUGCUGAGCUCACACACACUCUUCAACGAGACUGAGGGAGAAGGAUUCUGUGCUAACAUGGCCUCUCUGAAAACUUUACUUUAUCUGGGACUGUUUCUGUUUGCUGAAAUCAUCACUGCUGCAGAUCCAAACUCCAAAGCGGAGAACGUUCGUUGGACAUCCCUGGACUUUAAAACCAUGCUGACCUGGACCACCAAAACACCUCAGCAGACGUACACUGUGAAAUUCUCUCGGCCUGACGGUGACUGGUAUGAGCCUCAUAACUGCAUUGAGAUGACAGCGUCAGAGUGUGAUUUGUCCGCGGAGCUCAGACCUUUUAACGUGUUUUACACUGCUGACAUCCUCACAGACAAUGAAGACCAUGACAACGACUACGGCCACGAUGAGUUCCAGCACACUGAGUCCACACCCUUUAACCCUUAUAGAGACAGUAACAUCAGCGCUGUGGAGUUCAGCGUGCGUGCCCUCAAUGCGAGCACAGUACGGCUCGACAUCACCGACACUCUGACCAGCGUGCACGAGGGCUCCAAGCAGCUCACCAUCAGAGACAUCUUUAGAAAAGACCUCAAGUAUAAGAUCAUCUACUACAAGUCUGGGAAUACAGGCAAUAGAGAGAACAUAUCUGACAGCAGUAGGGCCGAGGUGACCAAGCUGGACGCAGCUACCAGUUACUGCUUCAUGGUUGCAGCUUACAUCCCCUCCAGACCAAAGAGCACCCAGCUGGGAGCGUGGAGCAGGCAGCUGUGUCAGAAAACACACGGAGAAAGCAACAGCAUGCAUGAGCUGAGUACGGGAGCAUUGAUCGCUGUGAUCUUCGUCCUGCUCACAGUCUUCAUCAUCAUCGUCACGGUAACCGCCCUCUGCUGCAGAAAACGCCAACAGACAGACAAAAGCCUCCAGACAACUCAGUCUCAGACGUCAGCUCCUGUUUAGUGUGUCUUUAGUGUGUGUGUGUGUGUGUGGAUGGGUGUGUGUGUGUGUGUGCGCGUGUGUGUGUGCGCGUGUGUGUGUGUGUAUGUGUGUGUGUGUGUGUGUGUGUGUGUGUGUGUGUGUGUGUGUGUGUGUGUGUGUGUGUGUGCGUGUGUGUGCAUAGGUUCUUUCAAACACAGGGAGCUGGCGUCCUUUGGGUUUUUUCUCAUUCCUCUUUCAGACAAUUCAGUGUUGUUUGUUUACAGUUUAUUGUGUUAAAUGUUUUUUUUACUUGUUGACCUUGAUGGGAAAACGUUCUGCUCGCUCUGAAGGGUCGCCUCCUCCUCUCUCAGGAGCUUCUAUCUGAAUUUUACAGAACAACUGAAAUAUUCCAGCUGAAAUAUUUCAGCUGUUUUCUGUCAAGGAGCUCACAGCGUUCCAAGUUGAAAGAAGUUUAACUUUUAGAAAUGCCCGCCAAUGUCACACCUCCUUCACUGACCAAUCAAAAUCAAGAAGGGGCGGGACUUCUGACAUCAGCUUUGUCAAUAACAGUGGCCGAGGAGACGCUAGUCUGACCUGUUUCCAGGUGUAGAGCUGCUGCUAAUGUCAGGACAUGGUGAUAUUUCCUUGAAUUAAAGCAAGCAUUAAGCACACAUCCAAAACACACCUAACUGUCAAUACCAAGGGAAGCAGAACUUAACUUUCGUAACAAUAAGGAUGUUGUGGGCACUGCUGACGCAGAAAGCGCUGUCUGUGGACACACGGCCUCAGUGUCUGUGUAGCUCUCGAGCUAGCGAGUCAUUAUCUUGGACUGACGUCAUUGCUAACAGGGUUUGUUGGUUUGUGGGUUGAGGACGUCUUUGGAAAUGAUAAAGUAGCCUCAUGAUGAGUCAGCUGGACUGACGGAGAGCUGCUGUUUGAGUGACAGGCGUGAUCAACGACAUUCUUCGUUCAUUUUCAGUCUGAGCAUCAGCUGUGUAUUACAUAUGUGAGAAUGUCUCAGGAGGGCCUAGUUUCAAAAUGCAUUAAACACCUAAAGUUUAACACAGAAAUUAUUUUUUGUCUGAUGUGAUCUGAGUUGUCACGAUUAGAUAUGAUACAAAAAAAUAUAUACAAUUUCAAUAUACCUGAAUUGGAACCAAAAGCUUGAAAAACACUAAUCGUAUAGACACGCGGUAUUGGGGUCAUAUCAAAUACUGUUGGUGAAAUAUAAAUAGCAGAAAAAUGUUUCUGAAAACGUUGCCGAUGUUUUCAUGGGCUUGAGUGUGCUCUCUUCCUAUCACUCACGGCAGCUUUCGGUAAAAAAAAAAUAUGACUGAAGAUCAAAAAGUUUCAGGUAUGAAACAUCGGAACAACCUGAUGAAUCUGGUUUAUAGCUGCAGACAAAUACACUAUAGUCCCUUACAUUUCAUGACCUCAUCAUUUACCUUUCCAUCCAGUGUGUGAAUAUUGGUUCUAUCUGUGUCCUCUGAAACAUGUUUUUAUUUAUUGUUCUCUUAUCUCACCUUUCUUUUAAAGUUCUGUCUGAACAAAACACAUUUAACCACUACUGGCUGAGUAAGAGGAACCUCUCAGUGUCAUGUAUCUGAUUAAACUACAACGCCACCAGCAUACAACUCAUCUCUUUUAAUCUGUAUUCAACUGUAGUAAUAAUAAAUUAAUUACAAACUGUG